AGACCGGUUCUUCUGCGGGCCGGCGCCGCCGCCAUGGCGCUAAGCGGGGCUUGGUGGGGCCGGGUCGUGGCGCGGGCCAGGGGGGCCGGCGGGCUGCUGAGGGGAGAGGCCUGGCCCUGGAGAGCGCGGGGCCCGAGGUGCAGCUCUGGGCGGGGGCCCGGACCUCCCGCCGUGUCGGAGCUGGACAAGGCGGACGCCUGGCUCCUCAGGAAGGCUCACGAGACCGGGUUUCUUUCCUGGUUUCGGAAUGGCUUGUUGGCUACCGGUGUUGGAGUGAUUUCUUACGUUCAGAGUGACAUGGGGCGUGAAGCAGCUUACGGCUUCUUCAUCCUCGGCGGAAUCUGUGUCUCGUACGGCAGUGCCUCCUACCUUAUCAGCCUCUUCCUCCUCCGUCGCACCAUGAUGCUUUCCUUCUCCACGGCUCUCCUGAAUUGCGCUGCAGUCACCACGGUGGGGCUGUUCUGGCUGUGUGCCAUCUCCCUCUACAUUGGCCGGCUGGAAGUAGAGAUCAUCCAGGAUGACAACAGCGACAAGUGCCAGGCGGACAAGAAGAAGGAGGACGGGAAGUCGGAGAAGUGAAGGGCCACGUUGGCUUUUGCAGACAAUCCUUUGGGACGUGGUUUCACUCUGCGGACUGAAUCUUAAGGCCAUCCACAGGGCACGUGCGGGCCCUCGCGGCACAUGGGCCAAAGGGCAAGGAAGAGGGAAUGGCUUUCUCGCGCAUGAGAGACAAGCGGGUGUCUUGGCUGCUCUGUAUUUAUUUCAGGUUUUCCUUGUGGGCUCUGGGAAGUGACAUUAGCAAAAAUCAGAUCCCCGGGGGAAAGACACAGAAAAAAUAUAUGUAGAAGGACCUUCUGCUGAGCUAGUGAGCCGGCUUCCCAGCUGGAAGCAUGCAUUCUUGAUAAGCCAGGAUCUCUAGUUCUUUUCAGCAAGUGAGCAUUUGUUGGUCCUGGUCCUGCUCUGUCCCCUCUCCCUCCCACUCCAACCAGGUCUGCAAGUCCUAAAGCCACUUUCAACAACAAAAAAUACCUUCGUGAAAGCCUAGGGUCCCCCUGUAUAGCUUUGCCUCUGCUUCUCCAGUGUUGCUUCUGCUCCAAAAUCAUCACCACAUAUCAGAAGUGUGUCUCUUCUGCCACUGGGCCACAUAUUCUUGGCUCCAUGUGUCCAGGUCAGUUGACAUUUAUAUUAAAGACAACAAAACCCA